AUGACGACGACUACCAUGGCGGAAAACGAGCCCCAAGCAGUGGCUGGACCACCAACGGCGCCUCCUGACCGACCGUCGGCGGUGUGGAAUCGACGCCUCAUCAUCGGAGCUUUUUGGUUCGUUGUGGUGUGCUUGGGAUUGCCCCACUGGACCUGGACCACAUCCAUACAGCGCUCGUCGUUACCGCUGGAGUCUAUGAACGCAUGGGCAGAAGGAAAUGCUUGCCAAUUGCAAUAUCCAUUGAACAUCGAAUUGAAGACAUCGAAUGUUCCAUCUGGACAGGCAUCAGACUUGGCGACGAGACUCGAGACUUUGCUGAACGCCGAGGAUCGAUUCUCCUUGCAUAAGUUUAAUGUUGUGACGGGCACAGUUUCAACUAACAGUGCACUCACUGUGCAACUGGAUAGCUCCUCUGCCAAUUCACCAGCCAAGGCCACACUAAGAUCAUGGGAACCGGUCCUAGACGUCAGUCACCAACUGCAAACACCAGAGGAUUUGCAGAAUACAGCGCUUUUCCUCGCCGGACAGAUUUUCGAGGUGUUCGAGGACGAGAGCGCCGCGUUGUCCCAUUUACUCGAUGGAACUCCUUUCUCUGGCGGACGCCAAGCGAUGCAACUCAGCGUCGAGAAGAAGCAGAAGCUUGAUGGUAGGACCACGAGAGCCUUCAAACCCGCUUCCUCAUACCACCUGACCUUCUCCUUGUUCACACCGGGUGCUUCCCCAUCAGCGUGGGAGAUUGACCAGGCGUUAAAGGAGUACAUCCAGCCACUUCUGAAUCCACUUUCAUCGGUCAGUAAAUUCACCAUCGACACUCAAGUCCAGCUCUACGCGGCGUUCAGUCCAUCAAUCUCCGGUCCUGUAUUCGACGAAGACAGGAAUCGAUGGUCGCUCCACUACAGCGACCUCACUGGCUUCGUCAAUGCUGCUGAGUGGCCUCUAAGUCCCGGCAUCGGUUCCGGUCCUACCAUCAACUUUGUCCUGUAUCACCCAUCUGCGGAUAAGGCACCUCUUCUCAUUGCCGAGAAUGACGGUACAAGCUGGAUAAUCCCGCAAUGGGGUGCAGUACAAAUCCAUAAUCCUCCUCCCGGCCAAAACACAACUAAGCUCACCCUUGAAGACUUGCGCCCAGAUAUGCUCGUCUUUGCCGAUCAGCUCGCCUCGCUGCUCGGCGUACCUCCAUCGCCACCAUCCUUAUCUCUUCGCAUCUCCAGCUUGGCCCGCGAGCGCGCAACAGCUCUCAUCCUCUCUGCCUCCUCCACCCUCGGAGCACUAUCUAGACUCACGCUGAAGCUCACAUCAAUCGAGAUCCCCACCUCAGUCGCCAAGUCCGUCGACGAGACCCUCACCCGACUCGAUCGAGCCUGCCAGGACUUGCAACAAGGAAACUUUCAAAGUGCAUUGG